AUAUAUUAUAAUAUAUCGAGUUAUUCAUUUUGUUUUGUAAACAUGAGCAUAAAGAUAUUCUUACCCACUGAAUACUUUUAUCAAAAACGUGCCUGCAAUUUGUACGGCCAGCUACACAUUAGCGAAGACAAUGUCGUCGUCUACUAUGUCGUUGAUGCUGAAAGCAAAAAAUUCGACUUUGGCACCCAUAAAAUGCGUUUCUUGGGAUCAAUCCUGUGCAGUGAUUCUUACGCUGAUAGCAAUUAUUGUCGUUCAAAUGAUAUGAGCUUAUGCUUCACUUACACAAACGAAUCGCCAAACAUUGCGCUUAUGUUCACUGGAAUCACACCCGACAACCUCAACCAAAUCAAGCUGAUUCUCUAUGAAAAGCAAACGUUAAGCAGUCUUGUGGUCAAAGAGCAAAACACUCUCAGUCAUUGGACAAGGGAGAAUCAUGUUAAUGAUGAAUGCGAUUUCUAUAUGUUGGCCCAGUUGGUGCAACCUAACCCAGAUCCAUUACACAAAGCAAAAGACUUAUGGUUCUAUAGCAAUCAAUCCAUAUAUAUGCUAGCAAAUAUUCCAAUGCAACUAUUUCAAUAUAUUGUUGCAAACACAUUCGUAAAUAGCAUCAUAACACAUACAGUAAUCUAUAAGCAUUAUAAGGAAUGGCAAACUAUAGACGCAACGUGCUCUAGAUUGACAAAUAUCAUGAUAGACCGUGCAUUGGGUAUUAUAUUGAUGUUGAUAUUGUUCACGUUUGUCUCGCAUCCUGGUGAUUUCCUUAUUCAAAUCUCUCAUAUUAUCAUACAGCAGCUAUAUAGCCUAUUAAAAGUUUUGGAAGGUAGUCCCAUUGGCCUAAAACUCAACAUACAUCUUAAUAAUUUUUUUCUCGAUUGCUUUAAAUAUCACAUUGAACUGUGGUCAACCUUUUUGGAUUUGAUUGAACCCAUUGUACGUCAAGUUUUUCUUGCCAUUGGAGCUUUUGGGUGUUUGGGAUUUACGUAUCAAAUCGCGCUGCUUGCUGAUCUGAUUUCAAUUGUUGGCUUACAUGCUCAUUGUUUUUAUGUUUAUACAAAAGUUUUAAAUAAUGUGGAAGUUAAGGGACUUACCGUAUUAUGGCAAGUGGUACGAGGCAAUCGCUAUAAUAUCUUAAGAAAUAGAAUUGAAGCACACAACUAUAUGAAUCGCCAGCUAUAUCUGGCAACCAUAUUCUUUUCUGCAAUACUCUUCCUUUUUCCAACUACUCUUGUCUACUAUGUUGUAUUUGCAACCUUAAAAGCUCUGACCUGUGCUACUUUGGCAAUCCUAGAGGGGUUUCGUCGCAAGCUUUUAACUUUGCCAAUCGAGGUUUUUCUUAAGUAUAUGAAAAGAGGAUUUUAUGACAUAGAUUGCCUACGAGUGCUGGACAUUCCACAACAAAAACAGUUAUAUUUUACUUAUCGAAAUUCAAAAAUAGUUAUUUUUGUAUAUCAACUCCAAAUUUAAAUUAAACUGUUAAGUAUCGAUGCAAGUUUGAAUUCCUUAAAACUUGACAUGGCCGUGU